CACUCGUACCUUCUCAUCCUCACUUUUUUCUCUCUCUCUCUCUUUAUUUUCUCUCUCUAAAAAUCUCUGGGCCCUUUUUUUUUUAUUUUUUUCGUUAGAAAAUUUUUAAUUAUUAUUUAUAUAUAUUUUUAUUUUUUAUUUUCCAAAAUUUACUUUUAAAGAAAAAAGAAUCUUUUUCGCCUAAGAUUAUAUUUUAGGUGAAUUUUUUUAAAUGCCCAUAGCUGACGUGGCAUGCACCCAAAUUUCUUUAAACAAUGAAUACCAAAACGAUGCGUCUUCCUCCUCGUCGAGUUUUAACGGCGUCAAGUAACAACAACAACAAAAAGAGGAAAGAAGAAGAAGUUGAAGUUAACGUCGUUCAGCUCUUGCCGUCAAAUACAACGAAGAAGCUUAAGUCGGUUCAUCACUCUCAGCUCGUCGGCUCAGAUAAGGUUCUUGGCGCCUCGGCGCCGGCUAAUCAUCUGUUGGCUGGUUAUUUGGCUCACGAGUUUCUCACUAAAGGAACGCUUUUCGGACAGGCGUGGGACUCGGCUCGAGCCGGCUUCGCAGGUGUAGAUUUGGAGGAGAAGAAGAAGAAACGUGAAGCCGAGCCGAGCCUUGAUAAGCUUAGGAGAUACGUGGCAGUAGCUGAUUUGUUAAGUGGUGAUGGGACCCACUUACCUGGCAUCGUCAACCCUACCCAGCUUGCUCGGCUUCUACAGUUGUAAUGUAACGGGAGUUGGUUGUGACACGUGUACUAAUUGUAUGUGGGUCCCAUUUUGCUCCCCAAUUUGAAAAAUGUAAAGAGUUUUCUCUCUCUUUUUUGUUUAAUUAUUAUUUAUUUUAUUUUAUUUUAUUUUUAUAAUUUGUCUUGUAAA